AUGGUGUUACACAUUCAUUUCUGCAAGAAAGGGGUUAAAACUGGGGCUCGUGUUUAUCAGAAAAGCGUCUUAAAGCCUUUAGUGAAGCCUCUUAGUGAUUCGUUGUUCGAAGGAAUUGAUUGGGUUUUCCAACAGGAUUCGGCGCCUGGCCAUAAGGCAAAAACAGCGCAAUAGUGGCUUGAAAACAAUGUUCCAAAUUGUAUAAAGGCAUCUGACUGGCCCUCUGCAAGCCCGGAUUUCAACCCGCUUGAUUAUGGAUUAUGGUGUAUUUUAGAAGAGAGAGCUUGUAAAAAACGACACACAAAUGUGGAGUCACUAAAGCGAAGCAUUGUGAAGGCAGCUGCAGAAAUCUCCCUGGAGACUAUUCGUACGUGUAUUGAACAGUGGCCAGAAAGAUUACGUCGUUGUAUUGAAAACGAGGUUAGGGCAUUUUGGGUAAUAUAUAUAUGGUUUAAAUUGUAAUUAUGUAUACUUUAUAAAUAUAUUUAUUAAAUUUCCGUACAAUGUGUUGUUCUUGAGUAUUAUACGUUUAAAGUACUGACAGUAUUUAUGUCUAGACUAGGCAUUAUGUCGCUUAUUUUUUAUUUUUAAAAUUUUAAAAUCAAAUGUUGUCUAAAAUUGUAACGGCCUUUCAAAACAUGUAUCAAUGAACUUUCCUAUGAAUCGUUUUUCAUUAGCAAUCGUUUAUAAUUGGUAAAUUUUACCAGAAACCUUACUCCGAUGUAUCAAGUAUAGCUUAUUUUAGAUAGCACUUUUUCUAAAGUAAAUCUGACUGAGGAUGUACCUUUUUGAUUUUAACCUUUAUUCAUUUUUCGAUUUUCUCAGCAAAUAUGAAAAACCGGAAAAAACGGUACAAUAUUAAACAAAAAAUAUAUAAUGCCUAUUUAAUUAUUUUAUCAAAAUAUGACAUAUAUAUUGUUGACAAAGCACCACUAUCAACUGAACUGCGCUCAGAAUCGAUGUUUCGUUAGCAAUGAUUUGUCGUUGCUUACAGAUAUACAUUAAAUUACCCCUCUAGCUAAUUCCUUUUUAACUUCUCACCUACAACAGUGGCUGCACACACGUGCGAAGUAUGUCCGUCUUUUUUUAGUAGUUAUUUUUUUAAUAUUACAUAUUAAUUUACAAUAAAAAUGUUAUAGUGUGAUACAAUGGUUUUUUUAAUGUGUUCAAAUUGUAUGUAUUUUUUGCUUUAUAUUUCGUUAUUAAUUUUAAUUGUUUUUAAAAUAGUUCGAAAAUGUACUGAAAUAUUCAUUUAUAUUCUUAAAAUCCUAGAAUAUACAUUUAAAAUACAAAGUCACAAAUUGUGCAAAAAUAUGCAAAGUAAAAAUAGUAUUAUUUGAUACGGUAUAACAUGAAUCGAAUUUGUAUCCAGGUCAGCAUUUCAUUGGAUAAACAGAAAAAAAAUAUGCAAUUUCAUAAACAUCCGAAACCCUAAUAUUAUUACAAUAACACGUUUCUAUGCAUUGUUCCAAAUAGUUUGUUGAUUUGUUUUUGUUUUUUUUUCUAAAGCGUUAUUUUAACAAUAAAAUGCCGUCGCCCGGAGGAGAAUUAUACGACCACGUUCUCAAUGAAGAACCCGACGACUACGUCAAUCAGAGACAGUGUCGUCGAUGCUCUCCGAAGCCCAAACGCUGUCCGAACAAAGGAAUCGAAAUUCUCAGUAAAACUAGGUGCAACUCAUCUGCGCUGCAGUUGAUCGCGCUUGCUAUCGGCAUCGCUCUGGUAUUCGGACUUUACCAAAGUUACGGACAUUAUUGGACCGAAACAGCUUCUGUGGAGCGGCCACAGGAAGUCCCCGAAUAUUGUCCGUACUGUUUAUUUGUGAAGAAAAUUAAAUUUUCCAUAUGGUACGUGUCAGCCCGAAUCCGCUCACGCGUUUUCAGCCGUUGUAACGGUUUUAAUUCUAUAAAGUCACGGCCCUUGUGUCCGGCGUAACGUCCAGUUGGAGCGUUGCAAUUGGCUCCGUGCUGCUGUGAAUACAGGUUUAAAUUUCAGUAACACACCGAUGAAAACUUGUUACACACACGAUUAA